AUGUUUGAAGGCCAGGGAACAUAUCGAGGUCACAGGGGAAAGCCGUAUGGCGAUGUCGGUGCCUCAAAUACAAGAGAAGGUCACCGUUGGCUCACUCUGGGGUCGAGAGUAGCGCCUGAAGAACCCGAGCCAGCUUCUUGCUGGCUCUGGCCUUACCUAGUACUAGGCGUCUAUAUGAAGGUGACGAUUACCAAGCGUCACCAGCAACUUCUUGUCGGAACAUCACCAUUUGACUACUCGGCAAAAAACCGUCGCGACUACAAAUUGCCCCUAUGUCAUAUUGAUGAUGAUCCUCUCACUACCAGCUCAGGCCCUGCAGCGGCCCUAGGCACUACCAAUCUAUCAUCCCUCUUGGGCAGGGCAGUCGUCGACGACUACACGUGCGCGCCAGACCGGCCGUGCAGUAACAAGGCCUGCUGCCCCAAAGCUACGCUCGAGUGCAACUAUGGCGAAGAGGCAUGCGGCACAUCAGGCGUGUCGCCCAACGACGUGUGCUGGUCCAACUGUGAUGCGAAGUCUGAGUGCGGCAAGGACGCCAAGACUCCCGGUCUCGAAUGUCCCCUCAACGUCUGCUGCGGUAAAUGGGGGUUUUGUGGUAUGACCGACGAUUAUUGUGAUGUUAAAGACCACGGUGCUACAGGCGGGUGCCAGUCUAACUGCAACCAGCCCGGACCCAAGAACAAGGCCAAUUCACAGUCUCGCGUCAUUGGGUACUACGAGGCAUGGAGGUUCGAUAGCGAGUGCCAGGGGAUGUCACUCAACGACAUCCCCGUUAAUUCUCUCACCCACCUAUACUUCUCCUUUGGUUCCAUCACACCUGGUGACUAUAGCAUCACUGGCAUGGAGGGUCUACCGGGAUGGUUGUUUUCUAAUUUCACCGACCUGAAGCAGAGGAACCCAGCACUCAAGACGGUCAUCGCCAUUGGGGGUUGGACUUUCAACGACCCUGGUCCCACACAGACAGUUUUCAGCAAUAUGGUUAGCACCAAGGCCAGUCGGAAGACUUUCAUCGAUAACCUUAUAAGUUUCCUCCGUGAAUAUGCGUUCGACGGGGUGGAUUUUGAUUGGGAAUAUCCAGGAGCUGAUGACAGGGGCGGAGUAGAAACGGACGGGGCCAACUUUGUUCAGUUUCUCAAGGAGCUGGAUGAUGAAAACAAAAAACAGCCGGUCAAAUACGUCGUCUCCUUUACGGCGCCCACGAGUUACUGGUAUCUCCGACAUUUCGACCUUAAGGCUGUCGAUCAUGUUGACUUUAUCAACGUCAUGUCAUAUGAUUUGCAUGGUAUAUGGGACGGUAAGAAUCCCAUUGGACAACACAUCUACGGCCAUACCAACCUUACCGAGAUGAAGUCGGCCUUUGAUCUGUUCUGGCGGAACGAUGUGCCCGCCAACAAGCUCAAUAUGGGACUCGGCUUCUACGGUCGAGCUUUUCAGCUGGAAGACCCUGCCUGCAGCAAGCCCGGUUGUAACUUCAAAGGGGGUGCUACUAAGGGUGGCUGCAGCGACGAGUCGGGUAUUCUCAGCUACCGUGAGAUUACAGACAUUGUCAGGAAUAAAAAGCUCCACCCGGUGCACGACAAGACCGCUGGCGUCAAGUAUAUCACAUGGAAUACCGAUCAGUGGGUGUCUUAUGAUGAUGCCGACACGUUCGCACAAAAGAAGGACUUGGCUAAAGACCUGGGGCUUGGUGGAUUUCUGAUCUGGGCCAUCGACCAGGACGACGACAGCCUGACAGCGCUACAAGCCGUCAUAUCACCCAAGAAGCUCGGCGAUAUGGGCGCGGCGAGCGGACAAGAUGACUGGCAGAGCUCCAACAAGCACUGCUAUGUCACGCCUUGCGAUGGCAGGUGUGACCCAGGCGACAUCAAGAUCACGGAACAGAAGUGCGGAACUGACGACAAGCGGAGCAGGUUGUGUUGCCCUCUCUCGGGGGCUCCGGAUCCGGAGGACUGUACAUGGCGAGGAAACCCGUGGUACUGCAACGGCCACUGUCAUGAUGAUGAGGUCAUGAUGGAGAUGAACAAAUGGGGCGGAGACAACAACGGGUGCCAUGAUGGUAACAAAGCAUACUGCUGCAAGAGUCCGCUGGCCGAGGAGAAUCGGUGCUACUGGGCAGGCGUUGGUGCGAGCUGUAACGGCGACGACCUGCCACUCACUUUCUCGGGCUCGGUGCUGACGAUCCUGGAAGACGUGGCCAAGAUCAUCCUUAGGGUUGUUGGCCGCAGCGUACCGCUGGCCGCGCUGACGGGAGAGGCGCUCCUAUUCGUGCUCGAUGAGCUUGACCUGGACACGGACAAACGCUACUGCUGUCCGAAAGGGGACGUCGACAAAUGGACCAAUUGUGCGUGGUAUGGUGAGCCGGGCAGUUGUUACGACGGUCACUGUCCUGACAUGACAUUCGUACAGCUGACGGACAGCUACUUUGGCGGCGGCGAGACGUGCGGCAUCCAGCUUUCGCGAGUGCGCACCUUUUGCUGUGAGCCUAAGGACGAUCCGCUCUUCCUGCCCGUCCCACUCGAGAAGCUAUUUGCGCACCCGCCAUCGGGCGAUAACAUUGACACCGACUUCACGUUGGAGACUGAUAAGACGUCGGAUUCCCAACAAGAUCCCAACGAUGCUGCCUUCCAGUUCGUCGUGCUCGCAUCGCCUGAGACGUUGCAGGUGUCGCUGGACAAGCGCGACGGCUCGCACUGGGACGUCUUCGGAUGCGACGAUGGGGUUACUGAAGGCGAACACACGGUGCAGAUGGUGUGCACCGACUUCUCAGACGAUAGCAACUGCUACAAGAUUGGCCUUGGCUAUGGAGUCCCAGGUACCAUUCUACAGAUGCCCGCUGGCUGCGGCCCCGGUAAGUACGCUGUGGCCAAGAACAUGAUACCAUCUACUACCGGCGUGUUGCCUCGCCAUCUUUCUCAUCUGGCGUCUCACUCGCCUGUUGUGUAUGACCUGACGUUUGACUACGACUUCAUGCGGGUCCCGCGCGAUCAAGGCGACACGCAGAUGCGUAUCGACUUCAGUAACCAGGAUGACUACUGGGAUACGGUUGUCGCGGGCGCGGCCACUAAGAAGAAGAAAAUGAAGCGGUCGCUCGAAGAUGUUGGCGGGAACCACGUCCGCUGGCUCGAGGAGGAGUUCAGGGAUGACUACCACUUUGGCGCACUUGAACGUCGCGAUCUCGAGGCGCGUUGGUUCGGGUCCAGCAUUUUGGCGUGGCUCGCACAGAUGGUCAAGCCUGAAAUUAAGCGCGAGUUCACACACAAGUACGAGGACACACUAACGGCUAAACUCAUCGACGAGACUUGGUCUUGUACUAAGGGCGACGUAUCGUACGAGGGACACCUACUCGCCCAAGCGCUGCUUAAAAUCAAGAUCGAGUCCAGCUUCGGCUUCACCCUGAUCGUCACUAAACUGUCGCUGCCGCUCGACCUGAGCCAGAGCUACCUCACCUUUUAUAACAAGGGCGAGGUCACUGGUGUAUUAACACUCGAGGCCGUUGCUAAGGUCUUUUACUCCAAAGGGGACGUCAUCGUUAACAUCCCCUUCCCGGGAGCCUCUUUCAAAAUACCUGGCAUCGCUACCAUCGGGCCGCAGCUAACGGUUGAGGGAAGCAUCGAUGCGUCUCUAUCUCUAGCCGGGACCAUCGAAACCAAGCUCGAGAUUGCGAGCUGGGAGGUUCGUCAGGUCGUUCCCGACGAUAAUAAUGAUGAGUAUAAACCUAAGGAGAUUGGCGAUGGUAAACCGAACCUCGACCAGACGGGCAGCAUGGACGGUAUCCAGAAGCCUGAAUUCUACGCUGGAGUCCAGGUUCAAGGCGACGUCACGGCGAAGUUGUCGGCAGCAGCCGAGUUUGGUGUGCGCUUCGAUCCCAAAUGGGAUGUCGACCCGGCAGCGGCGGCAGUCGUGGGCGAGGCCAGCGUGAUGGUCAAGUUGAAUGGGGGCAUCUCCACACAGGGUACAUGUCCAUUUACGUGGGGGCUUGACGUAGGCGCCCGUCUCUACGCGAGGGUCAAGGCGCCGCAAGUCUUCAAGUGGCCCGGCGUUGAGUACGAUAUUACGCCCAAGUACAACAAGCCUAUUGUCAAGCAGAACACAUGUCCGGAACUGGGCCCGAUUCCAACCAGGAGGGACCUAGGUACCCUUGGUUUCACUUCAAACUCCUCUUCUGCCCUGUCCGUGUAUGGCCGCGGUCUGGAGAAGAGAGCAGCAGUAUGGGGCCCUGUUCUCAGCGUCCCCGUCGGCAAGUAUUUCUGCCCUAGUUCGGUCAACGAAGACGAAAACUCAGGCACGCCGUGCUCGAUGAUCGAACCCGCCUGGGAUGACGACGUGUUCCUAACAGAUGGCGACGGUGAUGACUAUCUAAAUUUGCGUCGUCGAGAACUGCUUGAGAUGCAGUGGUCGGAUCCGUACAACGAGACCGUCCUGGAGCCACGAGACAUUGUACUCGAGGAGCGCAAUAUCAAUUCCAAAAGGUCAAAGCUGUGCGGCAUCAACAUCGCGAUUAGGUAUCCGACCGGAGGGGACUCGAAGGUCAGUAGUAACCCCAUAUACGGCUUCCGUAGGCCAGACGUCUGUGAGGACUACGAGUUUGGCUCUCCGUUAGAUGCCGGCGUCAAGACAAACCCGCCCACACAGUACGACUCGGAGCACGUACUCGAGUUCCAGUUGCCACAACAGCUCUUCGCACAUCUCGAUCUUUCCCUCGGCCCCUUUGACCAUCCGGAUCCAACCGUCACGCGGAAACUGUCAUUCUGUGAGCUCGUCCAGGAGCAUUGGGACAUACCCGCCGUGCCAAUCCCGGGUUUAGAUACCUCAAUGGGUGUCGGCGCUUCCCUCACGCCGGCAAACCACGUCGCCCAGCAGUUCCCAACAAACCUGUGGAAGACGGACGAGUACGUCCUCCUGGAACAUUACAUCAACACUCCCGCUAAGGGCAAGGCGUGGGGCGGUACGACUAACGAGGGAGCAGAAAUGCAAAUCAUCGACACGUCUAGAUGGAUACAGGACCUGCUGAUUACGCGCCAGGGAGCUAGCAGGAUGAUCAAGUCCAUGCGCUAUCUGAUCGGGUCGCGCAUGUAUCACAACGAUUUUUAUAUCCGCGAGAUCCUAAGGCGCCAGAAGGAUCGCGUUGGCAACGUGCUCGACUUACUCGAUACCCAAAUCCUGCAGGCCAACCCGCGGAAUCCGGCGCCCUAUCAGCCGUGGCAGACACUGGGGCUAAAAGCCGAGUGGGACACGUUCAUGAAGGGCAAAUUUGCACUGGUCCAGACCAAGACGAUGAAGGUCAUCAACGAGUUCUUGCCGAGGCUCCAGGAACAAUGGGCCGAUGAGGCGAGUCGGCAGGCUGCUGUGAUAGACCCGGAUAACGACGACGCCAAUACGCAGGCCAACAAACAAGAGUUGCAGGACCUGAUCGAUAAGAUCGACGCGAUGGAGAGUGUGGUUAGGGCGCUGCCGGUUUGGACUUGGCCAUUUUGA